AUGACAUCGAAGCGACCUGGAACACCUAAAAUUGCCGUGUCGAUUUUGGAGCGUUUGGAGCCAGAUAUUUCUAUUCACACGGAGGAAUCUUCAUCAUGGGAUACGUCGUUCAGUCACCUCAUAGAGAAUCCAGAACACGGGUUUACGAUUGCCGGCAACGAUGUCUUGGUGUUUGUUCAUAUUCAAAAGACCGCUGGGACUUCAUUUGAAAAGUUCCUCGUUCGUCAUCUUGAUAUUGAACAUCCUUGUCACUGCGUUAAAGGCAAGAAGCGAUGUAGUUGUCCGAGGCCAAAUAAACCAAAUGAGGUGAGCCUUUAG